UCUGUUGCCAUGGACCUUCAAAAGCAAUGGGAGACUACAGAGACAAAUUGGAUUAAGGAAAGGAUGGAAUUACUGGACCAAUUUGACAAUGAAAGGAAGGAAUGGGAAAGCCAAUGGAAAGUUAUGCAAAAGAAGAUAGAAGAGCUUUGCCAGGAAGUAAAACUCAGGAGGGAGAGCAAAAAGAAUGGAUGUUCCAAAACCAUUGAACAUGAUACGAAUGUUCAAAGUAAAAUGGUGCCAUUUUUGCCACAUUCCCCAAAUUCAGGACAACGUGACACUGCAGUGCUGAGUGAUGGACUUUGUACUGUAAGUCUAAGUCCAGAAAGUAUGAAAGGAGGCGGCUUCCUUGAGGAAAAAAGUCAAUUAAGUGGAGAACAAACAGAAAUGAGGAAAUCCAAAGCAGUGUUAAUGGACACUCUUGUCACAGAGAACCAAAAGAAAUGUGAGGGCAGAUCUGACUUGAAGAUUUCUGAAGAAGAAAAGAAAAGCUGUACUAAUGCUCUCAAUACAGCUCUUGAGGAACUUGCUAAAGUUAGUGAAGAAUUAUGCAGCUUUCAAGAGGAAAUUCGAAAAAGAACUAACCACGGAAGAAUGAAGUCAACUCCCUUUCCUGAGGAAACAAAAAGCAUGGAUAAUCCUGACAUGAAUCACAUGAACAGCAAUGGCCCCCAAGCUGAUUUAAUCAGUUUUGAUAUAGAAAAAACAAUAAAUAAAGAGAAGCUAAUCCAUUUUGAUGAUAUGCCCCAUAACAACUCUGUUGAGAAUGGUAUACAACAUAUACUUCCUUUGCAAAGAAAUGAAAUUCCACCAAUUCCUCCUCCAAGAAGCUCUUCUCGAAAUUUGCAAAGUUCAUAUUCUGAAGAUCUCCUAUUCCUUGAUGGUCCAAAGGAAAAUUUAGACAACAUCUGGGAGACACAAGACUGCAAAGGUGAAAGGAAUUGUAGUAAUAACUUCCUUGCAAAGCAGUACAAAGCAAUUGUGCCCUGCCCAUAUACCUGGAAGGCUUUGAAAGAUGAUGUUAUUUUUGCCACGUCUGUGCCAAAUGGCAAAACAGAUAGUGAAAAUCAAUGUAAUAAGGACUCUGAGACCAAUAUAUGGUCCCAUCAUAUAAACAGUCUUGAAACAGGUUCAAAGAGUGUGCCCUCAACAUUUUGUUUCCCAAAUACUUGCCCUAAUCCUGAUAAGCUUCCAUGUGAAAAGUUGAGCCAAAGCCACCAAGUUAGAUCUGAUUCUCUUUUUCAUGUAAGUGAUGACCUGAGUUUCUCUUUGAAGCCUAACAGUGACCCACUCACAGAGGCUGAUUGCAACUUCGAAAAGAUUUCAAAGAAUGAAAAAUUGGCAGCAAAGACAGAUGAAUUUAACAGAACUGUAUUUCGGACAGACAGAUGCUGCAGUUCAGCACAGAAUAUUCAGCAGCACUUAAAUUCAUCCAAAGAAACUAUGCCCUGUGGUCUAUUAUGUACAUGUGUAAUUCACUCAAAAGAAAAUGACAAUUUGUAUUGCAUUAGGAACAAAAGUCCUUUGGUGCCCAAAGAGAGGAGGGCAAAUAGUUUUGACCAGAAAAUCACGGGAGGACAAGUUAAGCAAACCCUGGAAAAUCCUAAUGUUAGCAAUUAUCAUCUCAUGCUUCAUGAACAUAACUGGAGACCAAGUAAUUUGUUAGGUCGUCCACGAUCAGCUGAUCCUAAGUCAAACUAUGGAGUUGUUGAAAAGUUGUUGAAAAACUAUGAAAAAUCGACAGGGCCUUUGUCACAAAACUCUAAAUGCUGCCAAGAUCAAUGGACCAAAUUGGAUUGUAAUGUCAAUGUCAUCAAGAGUGACAAGGACAUCUUUAAUCAAUGCUUUGAAAUGUUUCAACCAGAAGAAGAAAAGCAAGAGCUUCAGAUGAAGUCAGUCAUGUCUGUGGGGCAGCAAAGCAAGCAAGGAAUAGAGAGGAAAAAAUUAACAGAGGUAAGAGGAGAUACUGCAUUUUUGUGUGGAGCUGCAUCAGAAUUUAGCAACAGUACCGGCAGGCACUUCCCCAAGUGAAUGGCUCUAUCUGUGUUCUAGGAGUCCGUGGCAGAGAAAUUAUCCAAUGGGACAAGGUUUUCUCGGCCCGCCCGGCCAGCAAAUCGCCGCCCACCUUCCCGAUGGGCUCCCAGAUCCCCAUCUGCACCCCCGAUCUUGAAGAAGACUGUUCACAGCUUUUCUAGUCCUCUGCAAUCAAAGACGGCAGUUUUCUGAGUCUCCUGAAAUGGGAUUGGAUAGGACCUGUGGCAAAAGCUCUAGACCUACUUUCUAAGCAGAGCAUUCUGUGUGUUGAUGGCCAGUUGUGUCCUGUUCUAUAUCCUUUGAGAUUAAUAAUUCCAUCUCUUGAUAUACUGAACAAGCGGUUAACAAUCUCAACUUUCCAUCAGUCUUCAGUGUUUUUAAUGGACGGAUGAACCAUCUUCUUGUAUUUUGUUUCUUUGUUUAAUAGCACAGCACAGCCUUGUUUUUAAAUGUCAUCCUCAUCGAUUUGCCAAUUAGAUUUCUGUUUAAAUGGUGUACAAUUUUGUAUAUUCUAUUGUUCCUGCUAGCAGCAGGAGGACUUGUAUGCAUGACAGCGUGUCUAUAGGUGCAUGUGUUGAAUAGGAAGUAUCCUGGUAUGUAUUUAGGUGAGUCAAACUUAAGUGCUAGUGUUGACCUUACAGUUAGUUAUCACCUGUAUACCUAUGUAUUCUUUGGGAUUAUUUUAAAAGUUUGAAAAUAUACAGUACUGAUAUUUAUACUUUGUUUAUCUCUUACUUAGGUAAGAAUGCUUAGGUAUUCCGCUAUGGUGUUUGGGGUACAGAGAAAAAGGCGUUCUAAUACCCCAACUGCAGCAACAUGCAUUGCAAAAUAUGUAUCAUCUCAAGCUUAGUGAUCUUUGAUAGUAUUCUUAUAGCACUUCUUAAACUUUAUAAUGAGAAAACACCAAUAGUAGGGCUGAUUUUUUUCCCCUUUUGUAAUGAAAAAUUGCAUAAUUUGUACCAAAGUAGCUUCCUCUGGCAAACAGCCCUGCCUAAAAUAUCCAGAUACUUUUCUGCAUUGCUUGGUACAGGAGGUGGCUUUAACUUGAUCCCUCACUGUCAUUCGGGCAACUAGAUUUUAAGGAAGUUCUUUUGGUAUUUUAGUAAACAACCCUCCCUCCUUUCCCCCAUGAGGUGCCAUGAAAUAGACCUGCUUUGUACUGAAUUCUUCCCUCCAAUGAAUAAUGCUCAAUUCAACUCAACAAAAGUUUAUUAAACCUCUGUUAUGUACCAGGCACUGGGAAUCCAAAGCAAAAUAGUACCUGCCCUCAAAGAGCUUACAUUCUAUUAGUGGGAAAGAACAUGCAUUUUAAUAAGGCUUUUGUGUAGUCAUGCUAUCUACACUAAUGGACAUUUUUAGGGCAGUGAAAAAAUGUGUACAUACACCUUCAGUUUUUACAUUUUUCAACCUCUUUCCCUAAAAUUAUUGGGAUGAAAGAAUAAUUCACACUUUAUAUUGUCAAACAAGAAUAAUAUUUUGAUUCCCACCUAAGUUGUGGUGACUUUGCUCUUUUUCUGCUGCAAACAAGUUACUCAAUAUCUAUGUUCCAAUGUAACAUCAGUUAUAGUUUUACAGUUUUGUAAACUAUGGCGACAACCUGAAUUUAGAGAGCAUGUAAAUGUCAUUUAGAGGACUGAAGAAAAUCAAAGUGCUCUGAUGUCUAAAACAUUAGGACUGAAGUUCUUAGAAGUAACUAUGACCUUUUACUUGAUUCUGUGACAAGUUUUGUACUAUAUUUAUUUCUCAAAUAUUAAUUUUUAUCAAAGACUUCCUCUGCUGCCAAAAGGUCACUCGGUUCACAGGACUGGAGUCCUGUCCCAACAGGUAUUUAAAGAGCCUUUUUUUGUGUUAAUCAGCAACCAGAUUAAAGAUUAAAUGUACUAGAGUAGGCCUUGAGGUAGAAUAUUUAGGUCUUAAAUCCCAGCUUGCCUUAAAAAGCUCAGGGCUGUUGCAUUGUGAAGGAUUGAGGUUUAAUUUUUAACUGUAGAACUGAUGGCAUUUAACACAUGUUAAACUGCCUCCUUCAGAGAUCUUGAUAGAUUUAGAUUGUACCAUUCAGGUUUCAGAACCAUCAUCCUCCAUCUUUUUAGUGCAUUGUAAUCCUUCAUCAUAACACAAUGCUUUCUCCCUCAAAGAAAAAUCAUGUAAACUCAAAUGAUAUUUGACUCUCAAAAUAUGUGAAUCUUUUCAUUUGGAGCUGGUCAGGAAGGAGAGGACAGCAGAACAGCUUUGAGAAGUAUGGUCUGUGGUAUAAAAGUGUGCAUUUGUUUGGGAAAUCAGUACUGUGUGACAUUAAUGAAUGCCCAAAAGCCCAACCAGUUUGUUUUUCUUGCUUGUGUUCUACCCUAGAGAAUCUAAUAAUGUAGAUGCCUUUUCUCAAUAAGUUAGAUGUUAACCUUCUUCACUUCAUGACAUUUUUGUUUUAACUGCUUUUGAAAUGAAUUAGCAAUACACUUGACAAAAAUAUUUUUCAUUUUUAUGUGUGAUUGCUUUCUAAAUAUGUUGUACUUUUCUCAGGAAAAAAAUGCCUAUCCUUUAGUAAUAUUUGUGUUAGUAUUGGAUGAUUUUUCCAAAUUGAAUGGUAGAAUACUUAUACACUCUUGGAACUUGAAAAAAAUGUAAGGGAUACUUCAGUAAUGCACUCUAUACAGACAACUCUCAAAUUCUAAAAGGUAUAGAUAAGUUGAUGAUCUCCAGUGGUGAAGUAAGCUCCCUACACUGAUGAAAUCUCAGGUGUAGACCCAAAAUAAAAGAAAAUAUCCAUACUGGAAGAUGAAUCAUUUCUGGGAUAUAGAAAUAUUUCCCAAAAAAAAUUACCUACUACCUUUUCAUCAACUAUUAGUUUCUCCUGGCCAAACAUUUUGGAAAAGACAGGCAAUCUAAAUUCAUAUAAUCACUUUUCACUAUCCUUGAUGAAAUGAUCAGGAUAGAUUAAAUACAAUGACUGGUUCAUCUUAUCCCUUGUCAUCCAGACAAUUUUGCACAGCCAAUAGUUGGACCCAAGGAGUGGAUUGGGAACAGUAUUCAACACAGAGGGGAGUAUGUGAGUUUCUAAUAUAUAUACUUGUGUGUUUGUGUUUAUGUCUGAGAGCUGUGUGUCUCUCUGUGUUUCAAACAAAUGUAAAUGAAUAUUUGGAUUAUCAAUUGUUUUUAUUAUCUAUAACUCUUCUCCAUUAGCCCAAGUAAUUACAUUGGUCAUGUUUAAUUUUUAAGAUAGUCCUAACAAGGUUGCUACUAAACAAUGGCAAUUCCCAAAUAAAUAAGGGGUUUCCCAGUGGUCUCUGUCAUACUGUAAAAACAUUUGUUCCUAAAAGAGAAAGGUUUUUAGCUUUUGUUUUAUUUUUCAAAUGAUUGAAACCAUUACUUUUGGUUAAUACUUGUUGAUAAGCUCUUGCUUUUGGAAUCUCUCCACAGACUAUUGGGCUAUGCCCAGAUAGAAUGUGGGCUUACUGAAACACCUGAGACAGCAUUUAUUUAUUUCAAGAAACACAUAUUUUACUCUUUUUUCAAAUAAAUAUGAGCCUCAUAAAUUCAAAAGAUAAAUACAGACAUGUUUUAUUCUCCUUGUCUCUCACUAGGGGGAUCGAAGGUAGUUUCAGAGAGAAGAAUGGGAAGCACGACUUACCUUGACUAUUCAGUUCUAGCAUAUUCCUUCACAGCUGUGAGCAUGAUACCCGAAGACUAUUGUGAUACCUAUCCAUUCUGGGGCUUUUAAUUCACAUCUUAAUAGGAUUAAAUUUGUGUAAAAAAGAACCAUGCUCUGAAACUUGCAUUCAGAUGAUACCAAUGACCUAAAUGUUGCCUGGAUAUGUCUAUUCAUUUUGAAAAAAGUGUUCCUUGAAAUUUUGCAGUAAGUACUGAUGCUAUAAAUAGAAGAUACCCAAUUAUACUAUUAAAUUGCCCUCUUAAAGAAUUUCAUUAGCAAUAAAGCCCAAAGGAAGAUGAAACUAAAACAAAACUCUUCAGGAACUGGGACACCGUUCUUCAGAAACAGAAUCUUCACUCAAACCAUACUUAUGUGGCCUAAAUAUAGCACUCUCUGGAAAUCAAAGGCACUAUUUAACCAAUUAUUACACAACUUGAAGUACUGUUUUUCUCUUUUGUUUUGUUUUUCAACAUAGCAGAGGUCUUUGCCACCACGUAAAAACUAUAAGUCAACCUGAUUUGAGCAGGACUGAAAUGCUCCCCUUUUUGAAAUCAGACUGCAGGCAAUGUCCUAAAGUCAUUCUUCCUCAAUAAUUUCCCAAACCUUGUCUUGUCCUGUUGGAAUUAUUUUCACUAAAUGAUAAGAUUACAAGAGUUCAAACCUUAAAGUAGACUACACAGAGAUAUAGCUAUAGAAAUCACAUGCAUAGAACUAAAGAAUUCUGCAGAGUUACUACCUCCUAAUAUGGACUUAUAUUGAGCUAUUUAAAUGAAAUUUUAUGACUAGGACAAGGGAAUAGCUGUUAUUUUCAUUACUUUUACUCACUAUUCCCUUACUGAAAUAUAUUUGGGGUAUUUACUGAAACUAUUUUAAGCAUUCUUAUGAAUUCUUAUGAACAAAAAAAUCGCUAAAAUACUUCUAAGUUAUACUUUAUUUAGUUUCUCAAAACUCCUCAUGCACUUUUGGAGACAAUGUAGUAUCUGUUUCUAAAGAGUUCUUAAGGCAUGACUUCAAUAGGUUUUGAACAGAAUCCACUUUAUUAAAAUAUUUUUAUCUUGACUGU